GUCCGCAUGCCCUCAAGUCAUUUACAAGCAGAGCAACCAAGAAGUGAGACGCUGUAACAGAACAAGGGCAGACCCCGGCAGAGCCUAGUAUUCCACUAUAGUACCCUGAGCUGGUAAAGAAAAGGAAACAUAUCUGCUAGCUUUGCAAAGUCAAGAUGACGACGGCGCAUAGGCCAACAUGGGCCCCCGCUAUCGGUGGCGAGGAGCAGGGUGGCAUGCGCAUUUUCAAGCCCAGCGUAGCACUCUCUGCGAAGAACCUCCCAGGUCACACGAAGCUGAAGUUUAGGCAAGAUGGGCAGUCCAGCGCCGACGAGGUUAGGGCUCGGGACCUGCGAGCGGAGCUGGAGGAGAAGGAGCGGAAGCACUUUGCAGAGAAGAAGGGCUCCACAUCAGCAUUUGAAGAGGAGCGACAAAGAGACCUGAAACUCCUGGAAGCGGCUCCUCCGGACGGGCAAACCAGGCAGCUCGUGCCUAAAGCAAUAGACGCGGACGACGAGGACCCAGAGUCCUCAGAAAGCAGCAGCGACGAUGAUGACGAUGACGACGAGGAGGCGCUGCUGCUGGCGGAGCUGGAGCGCAUAAAGAAGGAGCGCGCGGAGGAGGCGGCCAAGAAGGCCCGCGAGGAGGCGGAGGUGGCGGCCAAGGCCAAGGAGGAGGAGCUCCGGAGCGGCAACCCGCUGCUGGCCAUCGCGGGGGACGUCAGCUUCAACAUCAAGCGCAGGUGGGACGACGACGUGGUGUUCAAGAACCAGGCUCGCGGAGAGCCCAAGGCGCAGAAGCGCUUCAUCAACGACACCAUCCGCAACGACUUCCACAAGCGCUUCCUGCAGCGGUACAUCCGGUAGACAUUCCUUUACAAGGCGGCUGGGCUGCUGGCCUGCAGGGCUGCAGGGCUGCCUGCAUGCAUGCAUGCGCGCUUGCUUGCAUGCAUGCACUUGGGUGCUGAGGACGGCGGACAGCAGCUGCGGCAGCAGUGUGUCGCAUGUAGCAGCAACCACGUAAGACGGAGCUGUGCACGAGUACUAGCCGUACGCUUUUGUGGUACGUCGCCCUGGUAGCGCUUACACAGCCGCAACACCCUCUGUCGUGGUGGCAUGAGGGUGGCUAGUUGUCGGGCGUAUGUCGGGUCGGGGUGGGUAGCACCUGCUGCUGCUAAGGUGUAGGUGCUGGACGCACGACACAGCCUGGGAAAUGCAUGACGGCGUCAUCCAACUACUGUUGGUCCUGUUGUAGGACCGCGUUUAGGUCUUUAGGAGCAUCCUAGAGUGGCGUAGUGGUGGGGUUAGGAUGUGAGGCUGAGACGCCCAUGGCUUUCCGUGGCUCUCAACGUUUUGCGCGUCCUAAGAGGGUGGUGUUUGGGGUUGGUUAUAUAAGAGCUGGGUCCGAUGUUGCCAGGAUCAGGGUCGCGCUGGUGCAUUGUUUGUUUGUUGUCCCCCAAGGGUGUCCAGUCGAGACCCAUGGGUCAAGGGAUGGCGUUGGUCCGCAUCGCAUACUGGGCCGGCCGGCAAGCGGAACGCUACGUAGUGUGUAAAGAGCGCGCAAUGAAGGGUUAGGGCACUCGUUUGGUACGGCAGGGAGUGAGCUGCACCUCUAUGCAUGGAGGCUGCAUGUUACACAUCCUGCAAAUGUGCACUUGAGAAUGGAGUCCUGGUAUACCCGCAGAACUAGGACUGGGGGCUUCUACCGGUAUUGUGGAAGCGGCGGCAACUGUA